AUGUCUCUCUGCGAUAAGUGCGUUUCAGGGGUUCGUCAUGCAGGCCAUCCAGAGGGCAAGAUCGAUACUAUUGCCGAUGUCGAGUGCUACAUCUCUACCCCCACCGGCGAGUACCUGAAGAACAAGGUUCUUCUGUUCCUUCCAGACAUCUUCGGCAUUCCCUUGAACAACAGCAAGCUCCUGGCCGACGACUUCGCGCGCAACGGUUUCAAGACCAUCAUACCCGACUAUUUGAACGGAGAAGCCGUGCCCGCUGAUGAAAUGGCGAAAGGCACAUUCCCCAUCCAAGAAUGGCUCCCCCGUCAUGGCCCUGCUCAAACACGUCCCACUCUUGACAAGGUGAUAUUCGGGCUCAAAGAGCAGGGCGUGGAUAGCCUCGCCGCUAUCGGCUUCUGCUUUGGUGGACGCUAUGCAUUUGACCUUGCCUUCGAGAAUAUCACCAAGGUCACCGUCGUCAACCACCCCUCCCUACUUAAGAACCCAGAGGACCUUGAGAGAUACGCAGCCGAGUCUAAGGCGCCUCUCCUUAUCAACUCUUGCGAGGUCGAUCAGAUGUUCCCACCCGAGUUCCAGGCCAAGGCAGACGAAGUGCUCAAGGGCAAGUUCGUUCCUGGUUACAAGCGCGAGUUCUGGGCAGGUUGCGAACAUGGUUUCUCCAAUCGCGGAGACGUCAACAAGCCCGAGGUGAAAAUUGGAAAGGAAGGCGCGUUCAAGGCUGCCGUUGAGUGGCUCAGAGAGAACUUCUAG